AACAGCGCAUUUUCGGUCGUCGCGACGCCCCCACCCCUGCGAUCAAAAACGACGAUAUCAAUAAUCGCUCCCAAGUCGAUCAGGCCGAAUGUUAUGUAAGGGAAGCGUUUUCAAGGAGACGCGCGAAUAAUAAUUCAGCAAUUGCUCAAUCACCGAAUGGGACAUUGAAAUUGAACAAGCUCACGCAGCAGCAGCAGCAGCAGCAGCAGCAGUACCCUACCCCUUUGGAGUGAGCCGUCUACUAGAGGGAGAGGCUUGGCUGGUGGAUUGUUUUUAGGAUAAACUAGUUUCGUUCCCGAGUGGUGCGAUCAGUGAUAGCCAGUAGACCCAAUCGAACGCGUGCUAGUAGCUCUAGCAGAAAACCGUACGAGUACUCAGCAGAUCAGUAGUUCUGGCUCUCUAGAAGUGAAAGUGAUAUCAGAAGAAAAUUGUGCGCGAUACAAUGAAGCUGUUGAACGUCAUACCUGCCGUGUACCUUUUUCUGGUGGCACUUCUGUCCACCACAAGUUAUAGUGGAACUUUUGUACAAGCCCAGGAGCCGCUGUUCGAGUUACCGGUGCAGCUGAUUGGAUUUCCAGUUAUUAUUCUAUCCGUGAGAUUAGCCAACUUUGCCAAGAAACUCGCGUACUCCGUUAAUCCAAAAACCUACCAAUCCCGCAACCGGCGUGAAACGUUGGCCGGUACGGCACUGACCGAGGAGGAAAUCUCCCACAUGGCCGUCGAUAUUGCCCAGGCGGAACGGAAGAUCCUGCAGGAGUUUGGGCCCAAGGCGUGCAUCGAGGAGGAACCAUGCCGUCUGCAUGCGGUUCGAACCACCCGCACCAGCAGCACCGGCGCCGGCGACUACCAACCGGACUGGAACGAGAUCUUGAAGAACUACAAGGUGCGGACAUCCGGCAUGAAACAGUGGUACCUGCUGUCGGUGUUCAUCGGCGACUACAUCCGGGAUGUGCAGUUCUGCAAGCAGCUGUCCAAGCGGUUGGCCUGCGACCGGAACCAGAAGGAAUUUGUGCGGGAUUGAGACGGUGCAGAGGAUCUUAACAGAAACGCCGUGUGUCGAACGAAUUAGUUUGUAGGUUAGGUUUUAAGUAGCACGAAUGGAUUAAAUUAUUUUCUGUAAA